AUGGCGGACGCCCCGCUCAAUAACUCCUGGCCUUCCUUCUCCAAGCUCUGGAUGAAGAGGUGGUCAUUCAAAAGAGCCUCCGAGUCCAAGUCAUACAGCGGACAACCGAUUGGACAGGCAAGUGGACAUCAGAUUGAACAAUCGCGUAGAAAAUUGAGUGGACAACAGCAUCCUGUAAGGACAAUAUCCUCACCCUCUCCAUCACCUCCUUCCAUCACCGAGGAUGUCUUUUUUGGGAACAGCAACGAGGAUCAGGAUGCGUCCUCUGUCGUGAGUGAAUGUGAGGUGAGAGGUGUGGAAGUGAGCAGCAGCACAGAGGACUUGCAAGGCCUCAGCUCUUCUUCUUUGGGAGACUCAGACUACUUCAGAGAUUUAGAGGCAGUUCUCGACGGGCCUCUGAAGACCAGCAGUCCAGAGUUGAGCUCGCAGAGCACAGAGCCGCAUUCGAUUGAGAAACCAUCAUUGGAGGAAGCGCCUGGCCCCCUUGUGGUCACCCAGCUUAGCCCCAAGCUCUUGCCGAGCUGCAUAAUUGACAGGCAUGACUCCUUGGGCCUGAAAGUUGGUCUUAGUGUGACUAUUGAUUUGGAAGGACUGUUGGGAUCAAUGGAAACAACUCAAAACAAAACAGAAUCCGUUAAUCAUGGGAACAUGAUGCAUAUAAAUGGAGAUGUAGAAGUUGAUAGUUUUCCUAAUUUAGUGAGAUCCAUGUCCACAUCACGCAGGCACAGCUGGGGUGUUCCUGUUGCCCCCAUCAGCCUGGGAAGGAGACUCAGUUUAGACACCAUGACCUUGGACAGUGAUGGAGAUGAGGAUGAAGAAGGGCACAUGGCACUCUUCCAGUCCACCCAGCAAACAAUCAACAGCUGUACAACCUAUCCUGUCGACGAGACAGAUGGUCCCAAAGAGACAUUCUCCUCUCCCAAUGCUAAGGCUGAUGGUGUUCCCGGCAAGCAAGUGUAUUCCCGCUCUGAGAUCCUGGCAACAGACGAAUGUUCACGUGCAGCACACAUCACUCGUAUUGUACGGACAUCCAAACAAGCUGCGAUGGCAGCAGGAGCAGAGGAGUUUGACCCUGAGGAACACCUGCACUCCAACGAGGGGCAGAGUCACAUGCUGAUGGUACAGAAAGUUCUGCAGGAGCUAAAGUUGUACCAUGGGGCGAAGCAGAGGAACAAUCGAAGCAAUAACAGAGAUUCCGAAAAUGUCACUUGGUUUGAGUUCCUGUCAAAUGAGAAUGAAGAAGAGGAUGAUCGAAGUGAGAAGGUGGAAAAGGGCACCAAGGUGAAGAGGACUCUCAGCUCGUUAAGGAACAGGAUGACCGGUUCCUUCAAUAAAGAUAAGGGUAAGAACCGAGAGAAAGAGCAACAGAGGGGUAAGGAGAAGGAGCGGGAGGCCAAGGAGAGAGAUUGCAGCUACAGCAACGGCCAUCUUUUAGCACUCGGCACUUUUUCCAGCUGCGCCACCUGCUCGCUGUGUGGCAAGACACUGCAGAAAAAGCACAGCCUGCAGUGCAUGAAUUGUGCUGUAAAUGUUCACAGGAGCUGCAAGUCUUUGCUUGGUGAGUGCACCAGCACCAAGAACAAGAGAGAUUCUUUAUCAAGGACAGGCCCCUCUGGAUCCCCUAAUCUUGCAUUAAAAGACCGCCACCGAGAGCAGGAACAGUCAGGCAUAGCCUCAUCCCAGACCCUUAAUGGCCUCGCAACUUUUCCUGGCCCUCCCGGCAUGACCACUAUUCCUCGGAGACCAAGUAACCAGCUUAUUGCAACGCAUAACAUCACCCCAUCUUCUGGAGCUCCUACUUUUUAUCUUGGGCACAGCCUACACCACAGCAGCUCAGGAUCUCUCCCUGGGGAGAUGGAUGAACCUGACACGCUCCGCUUUAAACGCUGCAAUGAAGACACAAUUUCUCUUGUUCCCUCCAACACUGAGUCUGUCAUAGUGGAAGAUGCUCAUUAUGCAGCGUUGCGAGCCGAUCUGGAGUGUGAUGCUCAGGAUCUGGAAGCAGAGUCCUGGAGUUUGGCAGUUGACCAGCAGUUUGUUAAGAGACUCUCUAAAGAGGCCACGAAGAGACAGGAUGUCAUAUAUGAGCUGAUGCAGACGGAAAUGCACCACGUAAGGACACUGAAGAUAAUGCUUCAUGUUUACAUCAGAGCGUUGAAAGACAACCUUCAGAUGGAUUCCAGUAGACUGGAAUGUUUAUUCCCGCGCUUGGAAAACCUCCUGGAGCUCCAUGUGCAUUUCUUGUCCCGUCUUAAAGAACGCAGACAAGAAAACACGCUCACGGACGGCAACUACACAGUGGACAGAAUAGCAGACAUACUAAUAGCACAGUUUUCAGGUGAUUUAGGUGAUAAAAUUAAAGACAGCUACGGCGAUUUCUGCAGUCAUCACACAGAGGCUGUGAGCUACUACAAAGAACAGAUGCAAACAAACAAAAGAUUCCACAGCAUCAUACGAAAAAUCAACAACCUGUCCAUUGUACGACGGUUAGGAGUUCCUGAGUGCAUUUUGUUGGUAACACAGCGCAUUACCAAGUACCCAGCACUUGUAGAGCGCAUCCUGAACAGCACUGAAGCGAGUACUGAAGAACACAUCGAGCUGAACCGUGCACUUGGCUUGAUUAAAGACACGAUUGUUCAAGUGGAUUCACUGGUUAAUCUGCACGAAAAGACAUGCCGGCUUCGUGACAUCCACAACAAGAUGGAGCCAAAGGCACUGGGCAAAAUCAAAGAUGGUCGCGUGUUUCGCCGGGAAGACUUGGCGCAGGGUCGACGACGCCUUCUACACGAAGGCACUGUCAACUGGAAAGCUGCCUCUGGCAGACUUAAAGAUAUUCUUGCAGUUCUCCUUUCUGACGUGUUACUGCUGUUACAAGAGAAGGAUCAGAGAUAUGUAUUUGCAGCAGUGGAUAACAAGCCGUCAGUCAUCUCUCUUCAGAAGUUGAUUGUAAGGGAGGUGGCCCAUGCCGAAAGAGCCAUGUUCCUCAUCUGCGCUUCUUCCAAUGAGCCUGAAAUGUACGAGAUCCACACCACUUCUAAGGAGGAAAGAAAUACCUGGAUGACACAGAUACGGCAAGCAGUUGAAAGCUGUCCUCAUACGGAGGAGAGGCUGUUCAGUGAGGAGGAAGAGGCUCGAGCUUGCAGGUUAAAGGAAUUUCAAGACCGUCUAAGCCAGAAGGAUGCUGUGAUUGUCCAGGCGCUCUCUGAGAAGUUGCAACUUUUUGCUGACAUGGCAGAGUCUGUGGCAGGUCUGGAGGACUCAGCUUCCCGCUCCAAACUUCUGUUGCGAGGUGAUGCCUCAGAUCUCCAGCAGGGGGAGGCCUUGCUCAAAGGAGCCAUCACUGAGGUGGAAAACCUCCAGAAUUUGCUCCAGUCUGGAGUAAGGGAUAAAGUCCUGUCAUCACAGCAAGAUGAAGAGAGCAGCUCUGGAAUCUUGCCUAAGAGAGCAGAAACCUUUGGGGGCUAUGACAGCAGCCCCACCAUCCUCACUAAGAAUGGCAAUAUGAAGAAGAACUUUUCUGGCGAGUCCAGAAACAGAGACCGAAGCCAGCGAGCCAGCUCUGACCCUCAGCUCAAAGAACUCUGCGGCAGCCAAACUCUGGAGCAGACGGUUGAUCAGAGCUUCUGCACGCCAUCGAGAUGGAACCGAAUCUGGUCCAACCCAUUCCCUGAGGCAGAGUUCUUUGAUAAAGUGCUAAUGCUUUCUCAAAGGCUCUACAGUCUGCAGGCCAUCAUAUCGCAGCAGGAUAGCCACAUUGAGUUGCAGCGCGUCUCGCUGACAGAGCGCGCUUCUUUGCCUGGGCGCCACCGAGGGAAUGUUCUCCUGGAGCAGGAGAAGCAGCGUACGCUGGCCCUGCAGAGAGAAGAGCUCGCCAGCUUCCACAAACUACAGUCUCAGCAUCGCCAGGAACAGCAGCGCUGGGAGAAGGAGCGAGGGAAGCACCGCCAACAAGUGGAGGCCACAGAGGCCAGGCUGCGGCAAAGGGAGGAGGAGUGCAGGCGGCUGGAGGAGCGGCUGGCAGAGGAGAGGGUGGAGCUAGAGAGGCAAAGGGAGACUUACCAACAGGACCUGGAGAGGCUCAGAGAGUCCACUCGAGCUGUAGAAAAAGAGAAGGAACGCCUGGAACAUCAGAAGAAGAUCAAGAGGAAAACCAUUGAGGUGGCUCCUAUGUCAGGCAGUCUAAAUGGGGAACUACUCUUAUCCUCUGGCCUCAGCAGCUCUACCGGCCUCUCCGACACACCCAUGGCCCCAAAGCCCCUGGUGCGCGGCAGCAUGUCAGUGGCGCCGGCUGACUAUCCGGAGCGGCCCGAGGUGACGUUACGGCGAGACGGAAGCUCCUCCACCCUACCUCUGAAGAUAGAGGUGCCGUUGCACCUCUUUAGCACCACCAACCAGCAGCACAAAUUAGUGGGGGUCCAGCAGCAGAUCCCUACCAAGCUGGCCGCCCUCAGCAGCAGCAGCAGCAAAGGCAAAGGUGUGAAAAGUGGAAAGGCCUCGCAGCGCACAGAUAGCACUGCCUCAGUGGACAUGAAGCAGAUUCUCCCCCUGAAGCUGUCGGCGCGUGAUGACAACGCCCUCAAAGCCAAGCGCUCGGUCAGCCCCCACCAACAACCACCGCUGUCUGUGUCUCCUCUGCCACCCUCCCUCCAUCAUCACGGAGAUCAUCAGCAAAAUCCUUCAGACGCUUCUGGACCGGAUUCUCAACCUGGAGUUUUUAGUGGCAACUACCCAGCAACUAUACAGAAGCCUUCCAUGCCACCUCCUCUGCAGUCUUGCACACAGUCUCUCGCCAUGCCGGCCCCUUCUCAGACCACCGCAUCACUCCAGUUCCCAGCCAACGUGCAGCUGCAAGGCUUCUGCCUGGGCCACAGCAUGCCGCUUCCGCCGCCGCCCUACGACAUCAACACAGAAGACCUCAACAAGGAAGACGUCAUCUUCUUCUAA